AGAUAGAUAGAGAGAGAGAGAGAGAGAGAUAGAAGAAGAAGAAGAAAGAAGAAGAAGAAGAAGAAGAGGUUAGAGAUGGAUCUGAAGGGGACGCCAGUGGAAAAUGGAUAUCGUAUGCCUGCUGAAUGGGAAUCCCACUCUCAUUGUUGGAUGGGCUGGCCUGAGCGUCCAGAUAACUGGCGAAACAAUGCACUUCAUGGUCAACGUGUAUUUGCCAAUGUAGCAUCUGCUAUCUCAAGAUUCGAACCAGUAACAGUCUGUGCUAGUGCUGCUCAGUGGGAAAAUGCACGCAGCCAGUUACCAAAACAUAUCAGGGUUGUGGAGAUGAGCAUGAAUGAUUCUUGGUUUCGUGAUACUGGUCCAACUUUUGUCAUCAGAAAUACUGCAGCAAAUGCAGAACAUGUAGCGUCGAGUGUUGCAGGAAUUGAUUGGACCUUCAAUAGCUGGGGUGGUGUUGAUGAUGGAUGUUACGAAGACUGGAGUCAUGACCUUCUUGUUGCAAGAAAGAUUUUGGCAAUUGAAAAGGUCUCAAGGUUUCCACACUCUAUGAUUCUUGAAGGUGGAAGCAUUCAUGUGGAUGGAGAAGGGACUUGUCUCACGACAGAAGAGUGCCUCCUGAAUAAAAACAGGAACCCCCAUUUGUCUAAGGAACAGAUUGAGAAUGAACUAAAAGCAUAUCUUGGAGUCAGGAAGAUUAUUUGGCUGCCUCGAGGAUUGUUUGGUGAUGAUGAUACAAAUGGUCAUAUUGACAACAUGUGCUGUUUUGUGAAGCCUGGUGUUGUUUUAUUGUCUUGGACCGAUGAUCAUUCUGAUCCACAGUAUGAGAGAUCCAUUGAAGCCCUUUCUAUUCUUGAAACUACUUCUGAUGCGAAUGGUAGAAAACUACAAGUGAUCAAACUCCAUGUACCUGGGCCACUCUGUAUGACAGAUGAGGAGGCAGAUGGAAUAUUUCAGGAUGGUGAUGCAAAACCUAGGACUUCCGGUACAAGGCUUGCUGCUUCGUACGUAAACUUCUACAUUGCCAAUGGCGCUAUUAUUACUCCGCAAUUUGGGGACAAAAAAUGGGAUGAAGAAGCUAUUAGAGUCCUCUCGCUGGCGUUUCCGGAUCAUGAGGUGGUAGGAAUUGAAGGUGCAAGGGAGAUUGUGUUGGGAGGUGGCAAUAUACAUUGUAUCACGCAGCAGCAGCCAACCGGCCCAUAAUAUUCACCCAUGAUUGAUUCCGCACUUGACACAUGGACUUAAUUUUUAUGUAUUUUCUUUUUUCGUUAAGAGUCUGAAGUGCAAAAAUAAUAGACUUCUCCAAAGAAAACUUCUGUACUGUUGGAUCUGGAUUCUUUCCAGGUUACAGCACAAAUUGAUUUUUGAUUGAUGAAGUUUUUGGUAAGCUAUAGACUUCACUGGAAAUUUAGAUGCA